GUUCUGACUUUUACAAUACAGUAUUAUGUGGCAGAGGAUGAAAGAGUGCGUGUGUGUAUAUAUAUAUAUAUAGGAUUGGUUGUGUGUGGGAGAAAGUGUGCAAUUGUGAAAGAGAGAAGAUAGAGAGAGAGAGAGAGAGAGGGAUGAAGAAUGAGCUGGGAAAUCUGGUGGAGUCGAUAAAGUCGAAGGUGAGAUCUCUGAACCUGAAGAAAGGGAGAAAACCUUACGUAAAGAUGGACAAGAGUGCGAGUGUCAAAGUUGAGAUUCGCAGCAGAAAAGCUCGUAAGCUUAUAGAGAAGACCUUGAAGGCUGCUGACACUCAUCCUCGUUAAUCCUUUCUUCCUUUUUCAAUUUCUUCCAUUCCAUUGUAACAGAUAAUACUUUAGGUUACAGAUUCUUCUUUCUUUCUUUCUUUCCAUGGUUGGUCCAAACACCACCAACCACCGACUCUUUUAUUUUUUUUCCUUUUAGUAAUACUUUUCAUGAUUCCUGCAAAUAAAUAAUUUUAUAGUUUGUAGUCUAUAUUGAUGGCUCUGUAGACUUUGAAGAAUCCUCAUUCACAUCUUUUUUCUUCUUUCUCUCUCUCGGGAGACUUUCGGUUUCAGUUUGUGAAACGUAAUAUCGUUCUGAUUUGCACGUUACCUGUUUGUUCUAUUUCAUCCACUCAUUAAAUGUCAUGCUUGAAAAUAAUCUAUACGCUUCAAA